GCAUUUGCCACAAGAAAAAGUAAGAUGAGCAACAACACGGUCCGAGAGCCGCUGCUGCCCGUGGGGGCUACCGCCAAGGCCGUACCGCCAUAUGGGUCACCAGCGAACACGCGGGAUGCCUACACGCGAAAGCUCGGUUACGUGCCGCUGAUCUUCCAGCGCAUGGUGAACUUUGUCACGACGCCGCGCAAGAUGGAUCGUGCCACGACCCACGGGGACGCCGAAGCGAGCGAGUUCCCACAUCACCAGCAGGCGCAGGCGGCACCGUCGCCCUCGUCGUCGUCGGUGUUCAUUCCACCCCCUGGGUCCAUUCGAGGCUCGGUGUUCAACUUGAUGGGCGCGACACUGGGGGCGGGCGCGCUCAGCCUCCCAUACGCCGUGGCGGUGUCUGGAGUUGGGUUCGCAUUGGCGCAGCUGUUCCUGGCCGCCUACCUGACGAUCUACUCCAUUAGUCUGCUCAUGCGCGCGGGGGAUAUCACCAAACUGAAAUCGUAUGAAGAUUUGGCCAUGUAUUGCUUUGGCAAGCGCGCCGAGCUGUUUGUGGAGGUGUGCAUCCUCGUGUUUAGCUUUGGGAUCGCUGUCGCAUAUCUGGUGACACUGGGCGACCUCAUCACUCCCCUCGGCCUGCUGUUUUUCGGCCCCGACAGCCUCGGGAGCUCCCGCCCGUUCCUCAUGUCCAUCUUCUGCGGCGCCAUCAUGUUGCCGCUAUCUCUGCUUAAAGAUGUGUCUUCGCUCCAGUUCUCGUCUAUGCUGGGGGUCUUUUCCAUUGUAUUCCUCGUCGUGGCCGUCGCGAUUCGAUCGGGCAUGCGCAUCCACGACGAUGGACUGCCGACUUCUCUGGAUUGGGGUAUGAAUCUGUCGCACGGGCCCAACUUUAUGCUGUCGGUGCCGAUUGUCAUGUUUGCAUUCACAAACCAGCCCAAUGUGUUUUCCAUUUUCACUGAGCUCCAACGCCCUUGCAUUCGUCGCAUGUCCAAGGUCGUCAACUGCGCGGCGUACGCUUCGUUGUGGAUUUACUUGACCAUUGGGUUGGUGGCAUAUGUGGCGUUCGGGGCUGUUCUAGCUGAGCCCCAUGUUAAAGGCAACAUCCUCCUCAGCUUUCCAAUGUCGGAUGUCCUCAUUGCGCUGGCGCGCGCGGCCAUCACGUUCACUGUGGCGGUGGCGUACCCGCUAAACAUAUUUCCAUGUCGAUUUAGCAUCGAUAUGAUGUUUUUUGCGCAAGCCAAGGAAUCGCUCGUACGCCACGUGGUCGUGUCUACAGGUACGAACGACGACGACGAGGUGUAGGAGCAGCUAGCACUGGAUUCGAUGUAUAUAUAUAUAGGAGUAAUAAGUAUAUAUAUAUAGAGGCAGUUGAUUUUUUUAGAACAUGACAAAAACAGGUGUGUCCCUCAUGUUGUUGUCGAAAGUGUGUGUGUGUGUGUUUGACCUCUUUAUAUAUGGGAUAAAUAGAUAUUGUUUUGGCUGGGUCACACUAACCGUCGAUUGAUUGCAACGUUUCAUGAUGGUGAAGAUUUCAUAUAUUGGCUAGCCAUCCGAUCCAACAUGCAUUUUCAUGAUAUUCUACUGAAACGUUUACACAAUUCGAACCGAUUGGACAAAUAAUAUAUAUAUAUAUAUAUAUUACAGGAUAAUGAUGUUGUAUUGUAGCGCUUGUGGUGGGGUCGUUGGUAUUGGCUAUCGUGUGCCCCAACAUCAACGUGAUCUUUGGCAUUAUUGGCGGCACUUGCUCAAGCGUCGUGUGCUUUUGCUUCCCCGCGGCGUUCGUGUUGAAGUUGGAGCCCGGAUCUGUCUUCAGUCGAGCCAAGCUUGGGCCGUUGGUGCUGCUUGUGGGGGCGGUAAUCAUUGGAGCUGUGAGCACUGGCGUUACGAUUUGGUCGAAUUUUUACGUUACGACAAACGCGCAAUAAUAGAUUUGAAAAGAAUAUAUAGCUGUGGCAUAUUGGCAAUUAAUCAACAAGCUGCUUGCUUUA